AUGCAAUAAAAAGAAAUUAGUCUUUGUGAGGAUUCUGUUUUUUGUAAAAAGCCUAAGUGCUAAUUAGAUCACUCAAGAUAAUAUCAAGGCUUUUGCAUCUGGCUAUAUAAUCAAUAAAAAAAAAAUGGUGACAUAGAGAAGUGCUUAGUUUAGAAUUGUAAAUUAACACACUGCUCAGAAAUCAAUUAUGAACAUUUAUUAAAUACUUUACCUAUUAACGGAAUUUAUUUUCAUAAUUUAUGUGAGACUUAAUGUGAAGAUAAAAAAUGUUAAUAUCUUCAUGUUAAAUGGGCUAAAGGAAUUUGUAUUAAAGCUCUGAUUGCAACUUGUAAAAACUAAGAGUGUUAAAAUAAGAAAAGGCACCUAAAAUGGUAAGCACUUAUGAAAGAGAUUUACUCACAAUAUAACAUAGAAAUAUAAGGUAAACAAUAUAACCCAGAAAAUUUAGAUACAGAUGAAAAUUUCAAAAGAAUUUUGGAAAAAGAACUAAAAUUUUGCAUACCUUAUUUUUAAGGAAAAUGUAUCUUUAAUUCAUGUUCUAAAUAACAUAAAUUAUGGGAAGAAAUAAAAAAUAUUAAUUUUAAUUAAUUUUUUAAACCUUGUACAUAAUUAGAAAAAAAUGUGAUCAACCACAAAUAUUAAUAAUAUAAAAUAUCAGAGGCUCGACUUUUCUGUGAAGAAUAAUUGCUUAAAAAAUUUAAAUAUCAUGUAAAAAAAUCAAAUUUUAUUGACAUUAUAUUUAUAAUGGAUCUAACUGGAUCAAUGAAACCUUGGAAACAAUAGACGGAACUACAUAUUUAGCGUAUCAUUGAACAAUUUUAGGCUGACUAUUUAGAGAAUUAGAUAAGGGUAGGCUUCGUUGGAUAUAGAGAUAGGUGUGAUGAGGAGUAGAUUGUUUUUCAUCCCUUAACCGAUUAAGUAACAAAUAUUAUCAAAUUUGUGCAAUCUUAAAAAGCAGUUGGAGGAGGGGAUGAAGCUGAAGAUGUUGUAGCAGGAUUAGAAUAGGCUUUAAAAUUAAAUAUAUCUUAAUAUUCUUAAAGUUUGUUGAUUACUUUCCUAUUCUGUGAUUCACCUAAUCAUGGUAGAUAAUAUCACAAUGAAAAUGAGAGUAUAAAUGAUGAAUUAAAAAGUUAAAUAGACUCCAAUACUUUAGAAUNGUCUUUGUGAGGAUUCUGUUUUUUGUAAAAAGCCUAAGUGCUAAUUAGAUCACUCAAGAUAAUAUCAAGGCUUUUGCAUCUGGCUAUAUAAUCAAUAAAAAAAAAAUGGUGACAUAGAGAAGUGCUUAGUUUAGAAUUGUAAAUUAACACACUGCUCAGAAAUCAAUUAUGAACAUUUAUUAAAUACUUUACCUAUUAACGGAAUUUAUUUUCAUAAUUUAUGUGAGACUUAAUGUGAAGAUAAAAAAUGUUAAUAUCUUCAUGUUAAAUGGGCUAAAGGAAUUUGUAUUAAAGCUCUGAUUGCAACUUGUAAAAACUAAGAGUGUUAAAAUAAGAAAAGGCACCUAAAAUGGUAAGCACUUAUGAAAGAGAUUUACUCACAAUAUAACAUAGAAAUAUAAGGUAAACAAUAUAACCCAGAAAAUUUAGAUACAGAUGAAAAUUUCAAAAGAAUUUUGGAAAAAGAACUAAAAUUUUGCAUACCUUAUUUUUAAGGAAAAUGUAUCUUUAAUUCAUGUUCUAAAUAACAUAAAUUAUGGGAAGAAAUAAAAAAUAUUAAUUUUAAUUAAUUUUUUAAACCUUGUACAUAAUUAGAAAAAAAUGUGAUCAACCACAAAUAUUAAUAAUAUAAAAUAUCAGAGGCUCGACUUUUCUGUGAAGAAUAAUUGCUUAAAAAAUUUAAAUAUCAUGUAAAAAAAUCAAAUUUUAUUGACAUUAUAUUUAUAAUGGAUCUAACUGGAUCAAUGAAACCUUGGAAACAAUAGACGGAACUACAUAUUUAGCGUAUCAUUGAACAAUUUUAGGCUGACUAUUUAGAGAAUUAGAUAAGGGUAGGCUUCGUUGGAUAUAGAGAUAGGUGUGAUGAGGAGUAGAUUGUUUUUCAUCCCUUAACCGAUUAAGUAACAAAUAUUAUCAAAUUUGUGCAAUCUUAAAAAGCAGUUGGAGGAGGGGAUGAAGCUGAAGAUGUUGUAGCAGGAUUAGAAUAGGCUUUAAAAUUAAAUAUAUCUUAAUAUUCUUAAAGUUUGUUGAUUACUUUCCUAUUCUGUGAUUCACCUAAUCAUGGUAGAUAAUAUCACAAUGAAAAUGAGAGUAUAAAUGAUGAAUUAAAAAGUUAAAUAGACUCCAAUACUUUAGAAUCAGUUAUGUUUAAAUUCAAAACUAGAAAAAAAAAUAACUAUUUCUUUUGUGCAGAAAUAACAAAUAAAACCUAAUCAAUGUUUAAUAUUAUGAGUAAAGGAUUUGAUAAUUUGUCAAUAGUUCGAUUGGAAAAUCCAUAAGAUUUUUCUGACUUUGUGUAAUUUAGUCUAUCUAAAUCAAUUGAAUCUUCACUCAUGCGUACACAGUAAAUAUUAACUGGGACAAAUACUACAACUGAUAAAAGUUAAAACACCACUUUUUACGUAAAAGCAGAAUAUGAAAGAUUUCAUAUAACAAAUUUAAAUGAUUAAACUGAAAAAAAAUAAUUAGAUUAUUGGAAAAAAUUUAUUAAUAACUUAAAUUCUCAUCAAUAGUUAGGAGAAACAUGUCUAUAAAUCAAUGAGAAUAAUGAAAAUGUUGAUGAUGGAUUUAUUGAAAUAGAUGAAGGGAUGGAUGAAAUGUAUACUGGUGGUAAUUAUACCUAAAAUACUUUGAAAAUCCAGAAGAAAUCAAGAACUUGUGUAUUUAAAGGGUUUGAUGCUAUUUAAAAUAAGUAUAUAAUAAUUAAAAUUCCAACUCAAUAUAUAAAGGAAUAUGAGUUGUCAAAAUAAAAUGGAAAACCAAUUUCCAGAGAUUGGAUCAAAAAAACUGAAGAUUAUGCAAAAGCUAGAUAUUAUACAACAAAUAUUGCAAACGAAAUGGCUUAUAAAUUUAGGAAUAAAUUAUUACAACAUAAUAUAGAUGAAAUGCCUCCAAUUUUUUAUGUGGAUUGUUCUAUUUAUAAACUUGAAAAACCAUUCAAAGGAAUUACUACAUUAUAUGGAGAAACAUUCAUGAAUUUUCAACCAAAUUAAUGGAGAAAAAUUUCAUCGAACUAAGGUUAAUUAUCUGCAAAUUAAUAUAAAGAAUAUUAUUAUACUUCAUUCAGUCAUUUUACUUAUGAGGAAAGCCAAGAAAAUUUCGUCAUUUUAGAUUUACAAGGAAUUGAAAAUAUUUUAAGUGAUGCUUCCAUUCAAACAAAAGCUAAUUAGAUAAUGGAAUUAUAAGUGGAUGAUACUAAUUUGUAUGAUGAGGGAAUAGAAAAUUUUAAGAGGUAACAUCCCAAAUGUAGUAUAAUAUGCUAGAGAUUAAAUCUUAGUAGAAAAGGUUUUAAUGAUAAAUAGAUAAAUAUAAAUAAUACUGUAUGGAACGGUGGCGAUAUUAAUUAUAUUUGUAAAAUGUGUAAAUAAAUUAAUACCUGCUCUUUAAGUGAAUAUAAAAAAUAAAAGGAAAUGAAAUGUAGCUGCUGUUUAGAAUUAGAAUAGUUUGAAGAAGAAGAAAUUGAAUGUCGCUGCUGUAAAAACAUUUAUAAAUCUAAAAUAUUUUAAGAAAUAGUCAACUUAAACUAAUUCAAGCAUUGUCCAACUUGCUCGUAAGAAUGUCAUUAAAAAAAAAAGAAAUGCGAAUAUUGUGAAGGCUAUCAUAAAAAAGAUUUAGUAGAUAUUGAAUAUCAAUUUGGAAGUUACAGUAUAUGUGUGGAUGGAUAUAGAUAUCUAAAAGGCCUAAAAUGCAUAAUUUGUUAGGAACAAUUUAAUAUGAGUAAAGAAAAACUCACUCCAGAGUAAUAUAAUAAAAACUCAUAUACAUGCAAAAAACAACAUUGA